UCUUCCAAUAGCCGACUGCCAGCGAGGUUCGAAAAACGUUGUGCGGUUCAGUUAACUUUAUUGUUCGUUGCAGAUCCGUUGUUUGCUGUUACUUUUCGCUUCCAUCCAUAACCCUGGUGUAGAGAGCACGUGGUGGUUGUUUUGUUUUCACUUUUCGAUCGUUUAUUCUGUGACUCAAAAGCACGAGACUCGGACAGAAAGGUUAUAUCACGCACAGCACCAGCAUGCCAGACCUGCUGGACCAAUAGACACGGUUGGUGUGUAUUUGGCAUGGCUGAAAGAAAAUUGAUCAGUUUUUGAGUUGAAGAGAAUGGAACAGAAAUAAAAUUUCGCGCGCGUGUUUGUGUCUCGAUCAUCCACCGGAUCAAUAAACCGUCGAAACAGGUGAAACGUUAUCAAAUUAUGAUACUUUCUCAAAAAAAAACUGAUCAACACUGUGUUUGAGAAAAGUAAAUAGAGGAAACCCAGUAUGCUAGUGUUAAUUGUAGACUGCUGUUUCUUUGUAUUUGUGUAAACGAAUUGUUGUAAAUUGGAAGCGAAUUAAAAGAUUCAGUGUGGUCUCUAGUGAAUCUAUCAAACAGAAGAUUACAUCAGAAAGCGUCUGUAUGAAGUAAUAACACAGUGUCUGGUGGAAUGGUUUAGUUGGUCGAACACAGUUAGUGCAUAUGUUCAACGGAGUAGAAGAGCGUGCUAUCAUUAUCAAUGUCCGAUCGUGGCAUGUAAACGGUCUGCAAAGGCACAAAAGGAAAUUUUUAAAUUGAAAGGAGAACCACACCUACUGCGAACUACUCGGAAAGUGCAGCAGUAAAUCAACGGCAGGCAAUAUUCAACGAUAAGACAAAAUGGUUUCAACACGGUUCGAAGUAUCGAACUCACCGCCGGUACGGUAUCCAAAAUCGAUAUUCUUCAUAAUCAGCAAUGAAUUCAGCGAACGUUUCAACUACUAUGGAAUGCGAACUGUUCUGGCUCUCUACCUCACCCAAAAGCUCAACUACGAUGACGACACGGCCACCGUAAUAUAUCACAUUUUUACAAGUUUAGCGUACUUCUUCCCUCUAAUGGGUGCCAUCCUUGCCGACAGUUUUCUCGGCAAAUUCAAAACUAUCCUGUACCUGUCUAUUGUGUACUGUAUUGGAAGCACAUUAAUUGCAAUGGGGGCUAUCCCGCCCCUCAACUUACCUGCCACAUCGAUGACCGUCUUAGGACUCCUGUUUAUUGCGGUCGGUUCUGGCGGUAUCAAACCAUGUGUUUCGGCAUUUGGUGGAGAUCAAUUCAAGCUUCCCGAUCAAGCGGUUCAAUUGGCAAAGUUUUUCUCCUUGUUCUACUUUGCAAUCAAUGCUGGCUCUCUUAUCUCAACUACCCUAACCCCAAUCCUCCGCGAAGAUAUACAUUGUUUCAAUGAAACCGAUUGUUUCUCGCUCGCUUUCGGAGUGCCUGCAGUGCUGAUGAUUGUCUCGAUUCUGGUCUUCGUAUGCGGAAGAUCGAUGUAUUCAAUCAGAAAACCUGCCGGCAACAUGGUCGUAUUGGUAUUCAAAUGCGUUGGAAAUGCAUUGUCUACCAAGGUCAAGGAACAAGACGAGAAUCCCAAAUCACAUUGGUUGGAUUAUGCUGAAACGAAAUAUGGAAGACAAAUCGUUGCAGAUAUUAAGUCGCUGAUGAAGAUUCUGGUGCUAUACAUUCCAUUGCCCGUAUUUUGGGCAUUGUUCGAUCAACAAGGAUCUCGCUGGACUUUCCAAGCUACGAGAAUGAAUGGUGAAAUUGGAGCAUUCACGAUUAAACCCGACCAGAUGCAAGUGAUCAAUCCUUUGCUUAUCCUUGUGUUCAUUCCAUUCUUCGAAGGUUUGGUUUAUCCUGUUCUGGAAAAAAUCGGCAUUCGUACACCAUUGCAAAAGCUUUCCUUUGGCGGUAUUUUAGCUGGUGCAGCGUUUGUUCUAUCAGGAUUCGUUGAAAUUGCUCUGGAUGAAACAAACGCAGUUUUGCCCAUGCCAACUGAGUCUCAACUGCGAAUUUACAACGGACUGCCAUGUGAUUAUCACUUCAAAACCGAUAUACCAGACUUCAAAAACUUUACUGUUCAAUCAAUUGGAGCAUUUGAAGCCAUUCACGUAAGCACGAAGGUAAAUACUACGUUCCGAUUUACGGCCGAUACGACAGAGAGUUUCUGUAUUAAGGCUAAUAUGUCUAAUAUUUCGGGUACAUUCUAUCUGAAUCCGGGAAAUGCAGUGAGCUAUUUCAUUAGCCAGAAAGCUAAUAAGGUAAACCUUCUUGAGUAUGCGGAUUCAGCUGAAAAGGACAAACGAGGUCUACCUCGAGUAAGGAUUCUAGCUAAUAUAAAGACCGCCAAGAAAGUACUGCUCAAAAAUAAUUGGAACAGCGAUUUGCAGUAUAACGUAUCGCUGAAUACGUACGACCAGUUUACAGUUGCCGAUGGAGAAUACGACCUGUAUAGUGAUAAUGGCACCAGAAAAAUUGCUUCCGCCAAAUUCGAACUAGGAGGAGUUUACACAGUUAUACUGCAUGAAGUUUUGGAGAACGAAUUUAAACUUCAAAGACACACCGUAGCUCCCUCCAACUCGCUGCACAUGCUUUGGUUAGUACCCCAGUACGUGGUAAUCACCGCCGGCGAGGUGAUGUUCUCGAUCACAGGUCUACAAUUCUCCUACUCCCAAGCGCCAGAAAGCAUGAAAUCCGUUAUUCAAGCCUUUUGGCUCCUCACAGUGGCCAUCGGAAACAUGUUGGUGGUAUUUAUCGCAGAAGCCAAAUUUGUCGAAUCUCAAUCGGUUGAGUUCUUCUUAUUCGCGGUUCUAAUGCUCUUGGACAUGGCGCUCUUUAUGAUUCUUGCCUCGCGCUAUGAAUAUGCGGAACAUGAGGACGAUGACGUUGAAUCGGGUGAUAUGAAGAAACCGGAUAUCAAUAAAAUCGAUGACAUUCCAUUGAAGCUCGAUCAAGGUCCACUGGAGAAAGGUUUAGAAGCCCCGAAAGCCACUUACACAAACGAGGCAUACCGAGAAGACUGAGUGCUGUGAAAACUAGGAUCUAAACGUUCUCUCUUAAGAUGGUAUUAUUCGUGCAUUAUGUUUUGAAUGGUUUAUUUUUAACCUGUACCGUUUUCUGUUGUGAAAAUUACUCGAAAUUACAAAUGUCGAUGAUUUUUUUUCUAUUAAGAUUUCUUUAAUUUAAAGAAAAUAAA